GAAAAUAUUUACAUUUUUUUUUAUAGAAUUGUUAAAAUUUGAGGUGAGUUUUAUCAUUGAAUAGCUUUUUCUGGAGUCCUUAAGCAUGGCAAGGAUACCAGUAAUGAGUGUAUCAGCAUCCAUUAAUGAUCCUGUUGCUGUUAUGAAUACUUACCGCUCAUAUGUAUCAAUGCUCAAAAAUCCUGUUGCAAAGGAUGAAAGUAAAUUGAAAGCUUUGCCAGAAUUGAGUGGAGAGCUUGAAACUAUUGUUAGUAAUCCACAAUAUCCUUCAUUUUUGGAUCAGGCUAUAAAAAUUUUCAUCAGAAUUUUAGGAAAUGAAGAACCACAGUUCAUUGCUGAAAAAACCAUUCAUGUAUGUAUUUUCAUAUCAU